UCUCACCCCUCACUUCACCUCAAGAUCAAGUUCACGCCGCCUCUAUCAGACUCACCAUCUCGUCUCGGCCACUCAUCUCACGCCGUCGCCGGCGUUCAAUCGUCUCUCCUUCUCGGGCUCCGGCGUUCAUCUCCGAUCGUUUUUUCUUCUCAGAAGUUUUCGAUCUCCCUCACCGUUGCGUUGUGUUGCGGCCGGCUAGUGUACAACUUAUCCUCGAGGACAAACCAAUUAAAUAAAUUUGUUUCUGCAUUGCUUGAGUUACUUGUAAGGCGAGAAAUCGGUUUUAUAAGUUUGAAAUGAAGUUCCAAAGCUUUUGUUCUACAAGAAGUUCCAGUCUAUGUGCAUGUUUUGGAGCUUCGAGCUCAUCGAACUUUGGAGCUAUGAAGCUUGGAAUCAUUGGAGUAACAACUUCACUAUCUUCCAAAUCCUCAAGAAUGACUGUUUGUGCAGUUAGUUUCCGCCCUUGUAUUGAUAUACACCAGGGGAAAGUGAAACAAAUCGUUGGAUCAACUCUUCGAGAUUUAGAGCAGGAUGGAUCAACUCUUCUCACCAAUUUUGAGACAGAUAAAUCGGCUGCAUACUAUGCAAACAUGUACAAACAAGAUGGGCUUAUCGGUGGUCAUGCCAUCAUGCUUGGAGCAGAUCCUUUGAGCGUAGUUGCUGCCCAUGAAGCGUUGCAUGCGUAUCCUGGUGGCUUACAAGUUGGGGGUGGGAUAAGUUCAGGAAAUGCUUGUAGUUAUAUUGAAGAAGGAGCUAGCCAUGUCAUUGUUACUUCAUAUGUGUUCAACAAUGGACAAAUGGAUCUUACAAGGCUUAAAGAUCUUGUUCGCAUUGUUGGGAAACAGAGACUUGUGCUGGAUCUUAGUUGUAGAAAAAAGGAAGGUAAAUAUGCAAUUGUGACAGAUAGAUGGCAGAAGUUCAGCGAUGUAUUUCUUGAUGAAGAAGUCCUGGCGUUCCUGGCUGACUAUGCAGAUGAGUUUUUGGUCCAUGGCGUGGAUGUUGAAGGGAAAAAGCUUGGCAUUGAUGAAGAGCUAGUGACAUUGCUCGGCAAGUAUUCAUCGAUUCCUGUCACAUAUGCAGGCGGGGUCACGACGAUGGCUGACUUAGAAAGGAUAAAAGAUGCAGGCAUGGGGCGUGUGGAUGUUACUGUGGGAAGUGCUUUGGAUAUUUUUGGAGGAAAUAUGGCAUACAAGGAUGUCGUUGCAUGGCAUGCUAGGCAGAAGGAUAGAUAGAUUAAACUAUGUUUGAAGUUUUCACUUGUAAGUUUAUAAACCCACCCCCCUCUACUUUUAAUACUACAAGGAAGUUUAACAAAUCUACUACCACCAUCAGUCCUGCCAAUUCUGCUGAUCACCCUUCAACUCCACCACCAAUGCCACUGAUGCCAACCCCACGGUAUCUUAAAGUGUUGCAACUAUUGAUACUUAUCCUUUGGAGUUUGCUGAAGAAAUUUGGAGCCAACCCAUUUUUAUGCCAUAACAUCUUCAAAUUAUGUGCUCCAAUGAUUGUCAAAUCCUUCAAUUGAGGACACUCAAUCUACAACGUAACCGUAUAUGGUUGAAGAAUUUCUUUUUAAAUAAGAAAAAAAUAACACCUAAA